AUGCCUUCGCCGCCAAAGCCCAGGCCCACCACCUCUCCCACGCGGGAGAGAGCUCCCUACAGAACAUACACAAACUACUCGGAUGUCGAGACGGGCACAUAUUCUAUGCAUUCGCAAGAUUCUUUCGUCCGCCCACCACUGCCACCGGACUCUCCACACUCACGAGCCGACGAUCGAGCCCUUAUAAUGUCCUCGAAGACCUCCGACCUCGGUCGCAAGAAAUCACUGGUCAGGCCAGACAGGAGGAGGCUAGAUAGUAAUGAUCCAAAUUACCACUACAGAAAGCAUGCUCAAAACAUGGAUGUGUUACCCUCCACCACUGGCAACGAUCCCAUGUUAGAGGACGAUGAGCAUCGGACGAUUAGCUCAGAAGGAAGCGGUCUCAAGCCGUUUUCAGACGACAUAAUAGGUGGUCGAGGUCGCACUGCUAAAGCACCUAGAGCUUCGGAUCCUAUAUCGAGAAAAAAGGCUCCAAAAGAUGGCAAAUUGCAGCGAAAGGAUACUCGACCGGUCCUCACCGAUAUCGAGAAGCAGAGACUGAAGGAGCAGGACUUCGCCAAACCCCCAAGUGUAUGGAACAUCUACUGUGCUAUUGUCACCUUCUGGGCUCCUAACCUCCUCCUGAAAUGUUUCGGUAUGCCUGCGAGAGCACAGAGAAGAGCUUGGAGAGAAAAGAUCGGCUUGGUUAGCAUCAUCCUACUCAUCGCUGCCUUUGUCGGCUAUUUGACCUUUGGCUUCACCCAAACAGUAUGCGCAAGGCCUGGGUUGCGACUCGCUAUCAACAAAGUCGACAGAGGAUUUAUGAUCUUCCAUGGUUCAGCCUACAACCUGGCCAAUUCAUAUCAUCCUGCUGCAGAUGGCAUUGCGUUGGACAGUAACGUCCUCUACGACUUGCCACACAAGUAUGGUGGUCAGGAUGGAAGUUUCAUGUUCCAACAAGUCAACGGUGAAUGCAAAGGGUUGAUCAAUAAGGCGCCAAACUCGAACAUACCCUCCAAUAGUGACGGCAGUCUGGCUUGGUAUUUUCCUUGCACUGCUUUUAACCAGGAUGGCUCAGGCGACGCAGACUUUGGCUAUGACAACAUGACAUAUCUGGGCUAUGCUUGCCACACAACUUCCAACGCCCGAAACGCUUUCUACAAUCUUAAGAAGUCUGGUGAAGUAUACUUCACUUGGGAAGAUGUGAAGAACAGCAGUCGCAACCUCAUGGUCUAUGGCAAUUCCGUCAUUGAUCUGGACUUGGUCAGAUGGCUUGAUCCGGCUCAGGUCACAUACCCAUCCGCAUUUGACGACCUCAGAAACAAUAAUUUGACUCGUGGACAGGACACUACCCAUGUCUUCCAGUCAGCCGAAGACAGGCAGAUGGUAAGAUGUCUUGAGCAGACCAUGAGGGUGGGCUCUAUCGAUACCGAGAGUGUUGGCUGCAUCGCCUCGAAAGUCGUGCUCUACGUUUCUCUCUUCUUCAUUCUGGCCAUCGUACUUGUCAAGUUCCUUUUGGCGUUGUUGUUCCAAUGGUUCUUCUCUCGAAAGUAUGCUGCCGCAAAAACGUCACAAACAUCAGAUCCCAAGCAGCGUGCCAAGCAGAUUGAGGAAUGGACACAAGACAUCUACACACCGGCUCCGAAGAUCACUGACCCGAAUAGCACAGUUUCUGGAUCCGACGGUCGAACAAGCAAACGUGCUAGCACUAUGCUGCCUUCCACUUCGCGAUUUACUAGUCCUUAUGCACAUGAUCGCAGGCCUUCUAGACAGCAAUUGACGACUAUGACUACCCAGUCGAGGCCUACUAGCAUGAUGUACAAGGGUGGAUACAAUAUAAGUUCGGCAACACUUGAUCCGUCCGGAGGUCGCAUGAGUGUGGCUGCCAGCAGAUCGAGUUUGAUGUUAGGUGAUCAGCGUCUAUCACAAAUGAUCGACGACAAUGUUGUCAUGAACAGCUUCAUUCAUGCUGAUGUCGUUCCACAGCCUCCACCAGAUUAUCAGCCUUUCGGAUAUCCUCUAUGUCACACCAUGUGUCUUGUCACAGCAUACUCAGAAGGAGAGGAUGGUAUCAGGACAACACUAGACUCGAUUGCUACCACAGACUAUCCAAAUAGCCACAAGGUCAUAAUAGUCAUAUGUGACGGUCUGAUAAAAGGUAAAGGCGAAGCUCUUUCCACUCCAGACAUCGUGCUGGGUAUGAUGGGAGACUUUACGGUCGUGCCUGAAGACGUAGAAGCAUAUUCUUACGUGGCUGUCGCUAGCGGGUCGAAGCGUCACAAUAUGGCCAAGGUUUACUCAGGGUUCUACGACUACGGUGCUAAAUCAAGAAUCGCGCGUGACAAGCAACAGCGCGUACCCAUGGUACUCAUCACCAAAUGCGGCACCCCAGAAGAGCAAGGAAAAUCCAAGCCUGGUAACCGAGGAAAACGUGACAGCCAGAUCAUUCUCAUGUCCUUCUUGCAGAAGGUUAUGUUCGAUGAGCGAAUGACCGAGCUCGAAUUCGAAAUGUUCAAUGGUAUUUGGAAGGUCACCGGCAUGUCUCCCGACUUCUACGAGACUGUACUCAUGGUUGAUGCCGAUACAAAGGUCUUUCCCGACAGUUUGACACAUAUGAUCAGCGCCAUGGUAAAGGAUCCAGAAGUCAUGGGUCUUUGUGGUGAAACCAAGAUUGCGAACAAAAGGGCAAGUUGGGUCUCUAUGAUUCAAGUGUUCGAAUACUUUAUUUCGCACCACUUGUCGAAGUCCUUCGAGUCGGUAUUCGGUGGUGUUACCUGCCUGCCCGGAUGCUUCUGUAUGUAUCGGAUCAAGUCGCCGAAAGGAGGCCAAAACUACUGGGUCCCGAUUCUUGCCAAUCCCGAUGUUGUAGAGCACUACUCUGAGAACGUCGUCGAUACACUUCACAAGAAGAAUCUGUUGCUUCUGGGUGAGGAUCGGUUCCUGUCGACUCUUAUGCUGAAAACAUUCCCGAAGCGAAAGCAAGUCUUUGUACCACAAGCCGUGUGCAAGACGACGGUCCCUGAAGAGUUCUCGGUGCUUCUGUCGCAGCGUCGACGAUGGAUCAACUCCACUGUCCACAAUCUCAUGGAACUGGUUCUCGUCCGAGAUCUGUGCGGCACCUUCUGCUUCAGCAUGCAAUUCGUUGUCUUCAUCGAACUCAUCGGUACUUUGGUCCUUCCUGCGGCUAUCUCAUUCACAGUCUACCUCAUCAUCAUCUCGAUUGUCGCAAAACCAGUUCCAAUCAUUCCAUUGCUCUUGCUAGGACUCAUCCUUGGUUUACCAGCUGUCCUCAUCGUCCUCACUGCCCAUAGAUGGUCCUACGUCCUUUGGAUGAUGAUCUACCUUGUCUCCCUCCCAAUCUGGAACUUCGUCCUCCCAGUCUACGCCUACUGGAAAUUCGACGACUUCAGCUGGGGCGACACACGAAAGACAGCAGGUGACACCAAGGGCGGCCACGGCAUAGAGCUAGAAGGCGAAUUCGACAGCUCCAAGAUCACCAUGAAGCGAUGGGGCGACUUUGAGCAAGAGCGACGACGCACCGGCAUGAACAGCCAAAUGAGCAAUUACCGCCGACCAAGCACGGCCAGCUUACCGCUCAUAAACCUGCGUGGCCAGAGCGUAUCUCCAGCUCCUUAUGUUACUAAUAGGGCUGGCUACGAACCAUAUAGAGACGAGGACUACUAG